AGGAAGUAGAAGGGGGGGCCACCCCUAAUGCCCUGCAGGAUGGUGCGGAGUCCGGCACCUCAGACUCGGCCUCCUCGUCCUGCUCGGACCUCUCUGUGGCGGUGACGGCAGCAACCAGCGGCACCAGCGAUGCCAACGACGCCAGUGCUGCCCAUGCCAGCCGGGGAUUCACCGGCCUGCGCCUGUUCGGAAGGAGAUUGUUGUGAGGUGUUGCCACAGUGUGCCGCGAGCCAGUCGUGUCCCACCAGCAUGGACACCUUUUUCAGACGCCAUUUUAAGAGGAAGCCGGGUGGUGAACCCGAGGAGGAGGAGUUUAACAGGCUCAGACGGCCCAGCGUCGCCGUGGCGACCAGCCGUGCCCGCCGGCGGUCCAGCGUGGGCCUGCCCUCGUCCGCCCUCACACAGAGACGUCGCUCUAGCGUUCAGCUGCAGGGGGCCCUCAUCACCUCCAGGGGGCACUGUCCCGCGCCCACGCGCACCAUCAGGGCAGGCAGCGGCCGCCGGCGCUCCAGCACCACCACCCCUAGUGCCAACCCCCGCUUCACUGUGCGCCGCAGGCUAGCCGGCCGCAUGCGCACCAUCCAUACACACCUGCUGGGGCCAUCCAUGCUGCUGGCCAGCGUCAUCCAGAUGAGCGAGGAGGAUGAGGGUGCGCAGCCACCCGUGGCCGAGCAGCAGGUGGAGCUGAAGGCCGAUGGUCCACAGGGCGGCAGCGACAGUGACCUCACAGGUUCCACCAGCCAAUCAGAGGACAGCGCCGGCUCGGACGUGGAGGUGUCGGACCGGGAGUUUGAGGACACAUCGGUGUGGAGACGGAGGGAGAGCCAGCCACUGGCCACACUAAUGGAGUGUGUGUCCACCCGACCGCUAAUUCGCGCCCCACGCUGCCUGCGACGCAACUCCUCGCUUAUUGUGACCGCAAGUGGUGUCAGUAAUGGACAUGGUUACCGUGGCAGCCAGCACAGACAGCGCCGUGUCUCUACCAUCUCUAAGGCAGGAAGCCCGUGGCCUGGGAGGGGCCUGCCGUUGCCGAGUCGUCGCAACUCAGCAUGCCGGCGGAUCUCUGGGUGCCAUGGCAACAUUAGCCCCCUGCUGGGCGCUUACUACGACCCACGUCUGGAGUCCUGGAGGGGGUUUCUCUCGAAAGCCAUCGGCAAGUCUGUCCAGCCAUCGGCCCAGUCCAGCGCCACUCUGCCAGCCAAGGGCAACAGCCCUCAGGAGAUCUGCAGCACCGUCGACUGGACCGAAAGUGCCACCUACGGCCAGCAUGUCUGGUUUGAGAGCAGCGUUACGGGGGACUUCUGCUACGUGGGAGAGCAGUACUGCUUCGCCAAGUCCUUGCAAAAAUCCAUGACUCGCUACAAAUGUGCUGCCUGCAAAAUCGCUGUUCAUACCGACUGCAUGGAGCAGCUAGAGAAGAUCAACUUCAGGUGUAAACCAUCUUUCAGGGAUCCAGCAACUAGAAAUAUCCGAGAGCCAAGUGUGGUGCGUCAUCACUGGGUGCACCGGAGGCGUCAAGAUGGAAAAUGUAGGCAGUGUGGCCGGGGUUUUCAACAGAAGUUUGCAUUUCACAGUAAAGACAUUGUUGCCAUCAGUUGCUCUUGGUGCAAACAGGCAUACCAUAAUAAAGUCAGCUGUUUCAUGCUGCAGCAGAUUGAGGAGCCAUGCUCCUUGGGGGCUCACGCCUCUGUGAUUGUGCCCCCGACCUGGAUCAUCCGUGUCCGCAAGGCUUCCAUAAAGUCCAGCAAGAAGAAGAAGAGGUCAGUGAAACCCAAGGCUGUUAAGAAGGGAGUUGAGGAAGGGAAAUGGAAACACUUCUUCAUCAAGCCCAUCCCCUCCCAACAUAUGAAGCCUCUGCUUGUGUUCAUCAACCCAAAGAGUGGAGGAAAUCAGGGAACCAAAAUCAUUCGAUCUUUCAUGUGGUACUUGAACCCUCGUCAAGUGUUUGACCUCAGUCUGGGGGGACCAAAGGAUGGGUUGGAGAUAUACCGCAAAGUGCCCAACUUGCGAAUUCUGGCUUGUGGAGGAGAUGGAACUGUGGGAUGGAUCCUGUCGGUUCUGGACCAGCUGCAGAUCAGCCCUCCUGUAGCUGUCCUGCCCCUCGGAACCGGCAACGAUCUGGCAAGAACUCUCAACUGGGGAGGGGGUUACACGGAUGAGCCGGUGUCAAAGAUCCUGUCCCAUGUGGAGGACGGUAACAUCGUCCAGCUGGAUCGCUGGAACCUGGAGGUGGAGCCGAACCCGGAUAUCAGUAAGGAAGAGAAGGACGAGCACCAGACAGACAAGCUCCCUAUUGACGUCUUCAACAACUACUUCAGCCUGGGCUUUGAUGCUCACGUCACCUUGGAGUUCCAUGAGUCCCGAGAGGCCAACCCGGAGAAAUUUAACAGCCGUUUUCGGAACAAGAUGUUCUAUGCAGGAACUGCCUUCUCAGACUUCCUGAUGCGCAGCUCUAAAGAUCUCGCAAAGUACAUCAGUGUGGUGUGUGAUGGUACAGAUCUCACCAGUAAAGUCCAGGACCUCAAACUUCAAUGUCUCUUGUUCCUCAACAUUCCCAGGUACUGUGCGGGCACCAUGCCUUGGGGACACCCUGGUGAGCACCACGACUUUGAGCCGCAGCGCCACGACGAUGGCUUCAUUGAAGUCAUCGGCUUCACCAUGACCUCUCUGGCGACACUGCAGGUCGGAGGCCACGGCGAGAGGCUGUGCCAGUGCCGUGACGCUGUGCUCACCACGUCCAAGCCCAUCCCCAUGCAGGUGGACGGGGAGCCCUGCAAGCUGCAACCCUCCGUCAUCCACAUCAGCCUGAGGAACCAGGCCAACAUGGUGCAGAAGACCAAGAGGAGGAUCUCGCUUCCCCAGCUCAAUGAUCAGCAGCCUAUUCCUGAGACACUUCAGAUCCAAGUGAGCCGCAUCAGUAUGCACGACUACGAGGCUCUGCACUACGACAAAGACAAGCUGAAGGAGGCCUCCAUUCCUCUGGGGAUCAUUACUGUCCCGGGAGACAGUGAUCUGGAGGUGUGUCGCUCUCACAUCGAGAGUCUCCAGGAGGGGGUCGACAGCAUGAGGUCAGAUGCCGUGGUUUCCCAGAAGCUGUCUCCAAAAUGGUGCUUCCUAGACUCUACAACAGCUGACAGAUUCUACCGGAUAGAUCGUGCCCAGGAACAUCUGAACUACAUCACCGAGAUAUCGCAGGAUGAGCUCUUCAUCCUUGACCCAGAGCUGGUCACCAAGGAGACCGUAGGCACCUCCCCCGGCAUGCCUAAUUUGGUGGACUCCUGUGGGGAGAGUUCCAGCCGGGCAGAUCAGUUCUCCUUCCCCCCCUCUUCUGCUUCGUCCUGCUCCGGCUCCUCACUGGGCCAAAGAUCUUUGGCCCCUGCGGCGCUCAGUCAGCGAAAGCGCACGUCCAGCGAGAGCUCUGCGUCUGAGGUUCUGACCCACAGCAUCUCCUCAGGCUCCAAGGUCGGCCUGUGCAGGAGGGGAGCUAAAAUAGUCAAUGUCCAUCGAUCUAACACCACAGAGGUUAAUUUCAGGCCUAUGGAAAGUGCUGAUGGUGACAGCACUGAAAAAGAAGUGCUGAAGUUGCUCAUUCAAUGUAUCAGAGAGAAUGACAUUGAAAAGCUCAAGGAGCUUCACACACACGGUGCAGACCUGGGGGAGCAGGACACCUGUGGCCGCACCCUCCUGCACCACGCCGUAACCACCGGCAACAAGGACAUUGUCAAGUUCAUCACAGACAAUGCCCCCACAAGCAUUCUGGACGUCACGGAGAAGGACACGGGUCAGACGGCUCUCCACCGAGCUGCAGCUCUGGCCCACAGGACCAUCUGCCACUACCUGCUGGAGGCUGGAGCCUCACUCACCAAAACCGACUUACAGGGUGAGACCCCCAGAGAGAAGACUGGGGACCAGGAGCUGGCAGACUACCUAGAGCAGCUGGAGCACCAGCACAUACUGCAGAAGGAGGACCAGGAGACGGCCGUGUGAACCUCCUCCUGCUGCCGCGUCUCCCCACAGGAACUUCCCCAUGCGACGGAGACGCAUCCCCAGGCCGGAGGCCUUCUCUGGAAGAGUCCCUCCUGGUCCUGCUGGGCUUCAUGAGUCCGACUCCGGCCUGGUGGUAGAGACUAGUCCAGUCGGAGACCACUGAGGUCAUCCCAGAGUUCAAUCUGUAGUUACACUCUUUCGUUGGCGUUGGGGACAUCUCAACUUUUUCUUUCUGUCAUAGUUUUCUCAGCUUGAUGCUUGUGAUUGAUGUGUGGUACCGUGGUUCCAGAGGGUUCUAGAGGCAUCCCAUUGGAACUUUCACUGAGAGCUUCCUGCUGCUUCCAUGGCAACGCCAGUGUGCUCUGACUGAAAACUGCUUUGUUUCUGCUGCACAUCCUGCUUUUUAUCUCAUGGUCUCUAUUUAGCAUAUUAUUCUCUGAAUAUUUUAUAUAGAUGUUUACUUCAAAAGGCUUUUCAAAUAGUCACAUUUAUGCCAGAUGUUUCAGAAAAUGUCACGUUAGAAAUAAAACAUUUGUUUCGAAAAUAUCAGUAUGGGUUAUAAAUGUGUAUUGCUCUGGUAAAUACAACUUUAGUAAAAUAUAAGUCAAAAACAGGUCUUCCCUCAGUGAUAUUUCUCUCAGAGGAGUGACCAUAUCAUUCUUGAAUCUUCACUUUAUUUGCUGUUAGUAACUAAGGCCAUCAGUAUUAUGCUAGUGAGAGAGAGAGAGAGAGAGAGAGAGAGAGAGAGAGAGAGAGAGAGUGAGGUGCACCUGACAGUCUGAUGUACUCCUAACCGGGGCAGUCUCUCGCCAAUGCUUGUGUGUGACACAUUAUGUGCCAAACUGGACUGCGUGCUUCUUAGUGGAGUCCACCUGCAUGGGGCUGUGAGUGGGAUGGCCUCCAGUGAAGCUUCAUGGCUGCAGGCAGGAGAGGGUAGCGCUGGCAGGAGAGGGUAGUGCUGGCAGGAGAGGGUAGGAGAGGGUAGCGUGGGCAGGAGAGGGUAGCAUGGGCAGGAGAGGGUAGCGUGGGCAGGAGAGGGUAGCGUGGGGGCAGGAGAGACGGUAGCGUGGGCAGGAGAGGGUAGCGUGGGCAGGAGAGAGGGUAGCGUGGACAGGAAAGAGGGUAGCGUGGGCAAGAGAGGGUAGGAGAGGGUAGCAUGGGCAAGAGAGGGUAGGAGAGGGUAGCGCUGGCAGGAGAGGGUAGGAGAGGGUAGCGUGGGCAGAAGAGGGUAGCGUGGGCAAGAGAGGGUAGCAUGGGCAGGAGAGAGGGUAGCAUGGGCAGGAGAGGGCAGGAAAGAGGGUAGCAUGGGAAGGAGAGGGCAGUGUGCACGGGGGCGUCAGCCAGCUGCAGACCUUCUCUCUUGGCUCUGAUCCACUUAGGCAGCGGACGGGAUGGCCGUCACAUUCGCACGCCGUAAUGGCCUUCACAUUCCCAUGCCGUAAUGUUCUCUUUCAUGACACUAUAGUGGGUGUUAGCUUAUUGUGAUUGGCUGUUUGUUGACUAUUUUUUCUAGCACAUAUCCAAUGUUUUUGGGGAAAAAUAAAAAAAAUAAUACAUUUGUGUAAAAUAUACUGUAUGUACUUUUCAUUUUCUAGUGUUAUUUAAUGCUAUUUUUCAGGCACUUGCUUUUUUCCAGAAAGCUUUAAAAUAUUGCCAGUAAGUGUUUUGUCAAUGCUCUUUUAUGAGUUGCUGUGCAAUUCAGAAUUAGAAAGUAUAUUUGUAUCAAGCAUUUUAAAAGAUGUGUGAAGAACUCCAUAUGACGUCUUUGCAUCAGGUUGUGUUUUAAAACUCAGAAUACGUAUGUAAACUAUUUAUAGUAGUGCAGUCAGAUGUAUAGACUUUGUUCUUUUUUGUGGGUGGGGGAGCUGGUUUAUUAUUGUCAAUUUGAAACAAUAAACAUUUUGCUGUCUACUUGGAA